AUGGCGGUGAUGAUGGUGGUGAAUGUUAUGGUGGUGGCGAUGAUGGUGUUGAUGGUGUUUGUGAUGGUGGUGGUGAUGGUAGUGGUAAUAGUUGUGACGGUGGUGGUGAUGGUUGUGAUGUUGAUUGUGAUAGUGGUUACGGUGGUGGUAAUGGUGUUGGUGUUGAUUGUGGUGUUGUUGUGGUGUCAUAAUGGUGAUGGUUAUGAUGGUGUUUGUGGUGACGGUGGUGGUGGAGGUAGUGAUGGAGGUGGUGAUGUUGGUGGUGAAGGUGAUGGCGGUAGUGAUUAUCAUGGUGGUGGUGAUGGUGGUUAUGAUGGUGUUGGUGAUGGUAGAGAUGGUUUAAGGGAUUGUGGUGGUGAUGAUGGUGUUGAAGGGGGCGAUGGUGGUGCUGAUCGUGGUGAUGGUGAUUGA